UGUGGGUUCAUCACGCCAACGAUACAGGUAGGAAGAUAUUAACUUACGCUUUGCUGGACGACCAGUCUGAUGCUUGCUUCAUUAAACACUCUGCACUCGAUUCGCUUGGAAUUAAUGGUCCAGAAGUAGAACUCGAACUUUCUACAGCUUUAGCGCAAGAAAAGAUUAAUAGUAGGAAUGUUGCUGGCCUUGUCGUUCGUGGACUGAACGAGACC